UCCGUUUUCCUUUCGGCUCCCGCCCCGCUCCGCCAUCAUGAAGUCCUGAACAAAAAACGGAUGAGAGACGAGUAAGAUGGAUAACACGAAUUGGAAAUGAAAUCCGCCGGCAACACUAACGUAAUGCCCGUGCACAGUGGAGAAGGGAGCGGACGAGCGGAAAUUCAUGAUCAAAUUUUCCACUGAAAACGUCUCGGGCAGCGCCUGGCGUAACGUUAGCUCCGCCGCUAACGUUAGCUAAAGCUAGCCGCUUGGUUUUCUCUGGCAAGGCAGGUCGGCAGCUAGCUGGGCUAAGUUAGCUGGCGAGACGUCAGUGUAAUUGACUGACACAUAACUGAUGCCAUAUCUUGCAGACGUGCUAGCUUGCCAAUUCACCAGGAACAGCAAAAUGGGAAGGACUUUCAGUAAAAGGAACGACAGGCAGAAUGUGGUUCGUUCGUGUUGAAUAGACACUAGCGACGAGGAAAGGAGAGAGAGACCAGUAUUUUCCAUCCAGGCCAGUUAGCUAGCUCCCCAGCUAGCUACAGUGGAUCCCAAAAGCCACGGCGCUGGCCAUGCCGUCGAGUGUGCGGGCCGGGAGCCUGAAGGACCCGGAGGUGGCUGAGCUCUUCUACAGGGAGGACCCCGAGAAGCUCUUCACAGACCUGAGGGAGAUAGGCCAUGGCAGCUUCGGGGCUGUCUACUUUGCCCACGAUAUCCGCACAAAUGAGGUGGUGGCCAUCAAGAAGAUGUCCUAUAGUGGCAAACAGUCGAACGAGAAAUGGCAGGAUAUCAUCAAGGAAGUGAAGUUCCUCCAGAAACUGCGCCACCCCAACACUGUCGAGUAUCGUGGGUGCUACCUGAGAGAGCACACAGCCUGGCUGGUGAUGGAGUACUGCCUGGGCUCAGCUUCUGACCUCUUGGAAGUUCAUAAGAAACCCCUCCAGGAAGUGGAAAUAGCUGCCAUCACCCAUGGUGCAUUGCAGGGUUUGGUGUAUCUUCACUCUCACAACAUGAUUCACAGGGAUGUGAAGGCAGGGAACAUCUUGCUGACAGAGCCAGGCCAGGUCAAACUGGGGGACUUUGGCUCCGCCUCCAUCGUCGCCCCGGCUAACUCCUUCGUGGGCACGCCCUACUGGAUGGCUCCUGAGGUGAUCCUGGCCAUGGACGAGGGUCAAUACGACGGGAAGGUGGAUGUGUGGUCACUUGGCAUUACCUGCAUAGAGCUGGCGGAAAGGAAGCCUCCUCUGUUCAACAUGAAUGCUAUGAGUGCCUUAUACCACAUCGCCCAAAAUGAGAGCCCUGUGUUGCAGUCCAAUCACUGGUCGGAUUAUUUCCGUAAUUUUGUGGACUCGUGUCUGCAGAAGAUCGCCCAGGACAGACCUACCUCUGAUGUGCUGCUCAAGCACCAUUUCCUAUGCAGAGAGCGUCCCAUGACGGUUGUGAUGGACCUGAUCGCCCGCACUAAGGAUGCUGUCCGGGAGCUGGACAACCUUCAGUACCGCAAGAUGAAGAAAAUUCUCUUCCAUGAGGCCCACAAUGGGCCUGCACCAGAGGGAGGCGAGGAGGAGGAGGAUGUGGAGCAGUACAUGCUGCGCACAGGCACAGUCAACAGCAUGGAAAGCUCCCAUUCUCUGCCAUCCAUGUCGAUAAGUGCCAGCUCCCAGAGCAGCUCAGUCAACAGCCUGGCAGACGGCUCCGACGACAGCGGAGAGAUGGCCAUGAUGCAGGAGGGAGAGCACACAGUCACCUCCAACAGCUCCGUCCUGCACAAGCCUCUGAGCCAUGACAACAUUUAUGAUGACCCUUAUCAGCCAGAGGUCGACUCACAGCGGGAGGCCUCAUCUGCCGGUGGGGGAGGGGGAGGCGGAGGGGGUAGGCGCCGACGUGGCAGAGACCAUUUUGCCACCAUCAGGACAGCCUCGCUUGUCACCCGUCAGAUUCAGGAACAUGAGCAGGGUUCGGCUCUGAGAGAGCAGAUGUCUGGGUAUAAGCGAAUGCGACGGCAGCACCAGAAGCAGCUGAUGGGCCUGGAGAACAAACUGAAGGCAGAGAUGGACGAGCACCAGUUGAGACUUGAUAAGGAGCUGGAGAAUCAGAGGAACAGCUUCUCUGGGGAGGGAGAAAAACUAUCGAAGAAACACCAGGCUAUACUGGAGAAGGAGACCAAGGCGGCCCUGGCCGAAGAAAAGAAGUUUCAACAGCACAUCCUGGCCCAGCAGAAGAAGGAGUUGACCAGCCUCCUGGAGUCCCAGAAACGCCAGUAUCGUCAACGCAAGGAGCAGCUUAAAGAGGAACUGAAUGAGAACCAGUCAACACCCAAACGAGAGAAACAGGAAUGGUUGGUGCACCAGAAAGAGUGUCUGCAGCAGCUGCAGGCUGAGGAGGAGGCAGGCCUGCUGCGGAGGCAGAGGCAGUACUAUGAGCUGCAGUGUCGCCAGUACAAGAGGAAGAUGCUGCUGGCACGCCACAACCUGGAGCAGGAUCUGCUCCGUGAGGACUUGAACAAGAAGCAGACUCUGAAGGACUUGGAGUGUGCCAUGCUGCUGCGCCACCACGAGUCCACACAGGAGCUGGAGUUCCGCCAGCUGGGUUUGGUGCAGCGUACUCGCGCUGAGCUGAUCCGCACACAGCACCAGACGGAGCUCACCAACCAGAUGGAGUAUAACAAGCGGCGCGAGCAGGAGCUGCGUCAGAAGCACGCUGUGGAGGUCCGCCAGCAGCCCAAGAGCCUCAAAUCCAAAGAGCUACAGAUCAAGAGGCAGUUCCAGGACACGUGUAAGAUCCAGACCCGUCAGUACAAGGCCCUGCGCAACCACCUGCUGGAGAACACGCCCAAGUCGGACCACAAGGCUGUGCUGAAGCGGCUGAAGGAUGAGCAGACCCGUAAGCUGGCCAUCCUGGCUGAGCAGUAUGACCACUCCAUCAAUGAUAUGCUGUCCACACAGGCUCUGCGAUUGGAUGAGACCCAGGAAGCAGAGUACCAGGUGCUGCGGAUGCAGCUGCAGCAGGAGCUGGAGCUGCUCAACGCCUACCAGAGCAAGAUCAAGAUCCACACUGACUCACAGCAUGAGAGAGAGGUCAAAGACCUGGAGCAGAGGGUGUCCAUCCGCCGCGCCUUGCUGGAGCAGAGGAUCGAGGAGGAGAUGUUGUCCCUGCAGAACGAGCGCUCAGAACGCAUCCGCACGCUUCUGGAGCGGCAGGCCAGCGAGAUCGAGGCCUUCGACUCGGAGAGCCUGCGCCUGGGCUUCAGCAACAUGGCUCUGACGGGCAUCCCCAGCGAGGCCUACCCAAAACAGGGCUACCCCAACGCCCCACCGUCCAGCUCGCGCUCUGCCAGCCACUGGAGCCACGGCAUGCACCCGCAGAACGCCCCGCCUCAGCCGCACUCCCGCCGCAGUGGCGGUGGCGGGGAGCGCAGGAGCGAGUCCUCCUCCUCCCACGGCCUGGGGAUGGCCUUGGGGCUCGGACGGGACGGGAGGGAGGUGCACCACUCGUCCCGCUCCUCUGCCUCGUCCUCGUCCUCAUCCUCCUCGUCUUCUUCCCACCACCAGCGCCACCACCUGCCGCAGCACUACCACCACCAGAGCACGCCGCAGCUGUACCGCGAGCGCGAGCGGGAUAGAGAGAGGGAGCGGGAGAAGGAGAGGGAGCGGGAAUGGGCCGGGGUGCGAGGCUCUGGUGGCGACCUGGCCCACCCACACCCCCACCCCUUCUCCCAUCACCUUCCCUCACGCUCCUCCUCUCAGUCCCUAGCCAUGCUCCCUCCCCCACCACCCGCGCCUCCCUCCAUCUCCGGCCCCUCUUCCUCCUCCUCUUCCUCCUCCUCCUCGCAGGGGGGGAUAUACGGUGGCGGCGGGCUCGGUGUGCGCGGCGGCCCCAGCUUGAUGGCCCUGAGGAACAGCCCCCAACCCCUGAGGAGGACGGCGUCAGGCGGGGGGCCCGGGGGCGCAGGCGGGAGCGACGGCGUCCUGAGCCGGAGCACCUCGGUCACUUCUCACAUCUCCAAUGGCUCCCACCUCUCCUAUUCUUAGAGAGGGGGAGGAGGAGAGUGGACAGGGUGGUGAGGGAACUCACUCUUAGAUUUAGAGAGAAGGGUGGGAGUGAUUUAGAAAGGUAGCUAUCACAGGCUGCAUCUCAAUACUCUCAGCUUGCCACCUUGCCUUGUGUCCUUUCUUGCGUUGAUACUGAUCUCAAACCUUGAUGGCUUGAAACGAUGCGGAGGAAUGUAGGGAGUAUUACUCUUGUCAGGUAACGUGUACAAUGGCAGGGAGAUCAGAGUCAACAUCAGAGGCAAAGAAAGGACAAACUGCCACAGACUAUUGAGUUGCACCCUUGUUCUCUAGACUCAGGGUGGGUAGAAAGGGUUUUCUCCCCUUCUCACAGGUAUAAAAGAGGGAGGGAGGAAUGUAACCACCUGUCGUACCACUGGAGAAGGUGAGGAAGGAUAGUGGAAAGUGUUUUAUGUUUUUAGCUCUGAUAUUGCUUGUAUAGAAGUGAGGUGGGAAGUGUGAAAGGAGGAACAACUUUACUUUUUUUUCCCUCCUCGAGCUGCAGAAAGAGGCGAUGGUAGCCGUGUCUUCUUCUAUGAUGUUCUAUGCUGGAAUGGAGAAAGAGAGAGGACAGGGGAAGGAAAGGUGUGUCCAGACUUUUUUGCAUUGUGUAUGUACUUGUAUGUAGUCUGUAGUGUCCAGAUAUAUCUAGCAAGCACUCGUAACUUGGGGUUCCAGAAAGGAGAAAGGAUGAAUUAAAAAGAAAAAGAAAGAAAAAGAAAAAAAAAAGGUUACUUUAGUCUCCAAACAGAAAGCCUGCUGGGGAUUGGGAAACACUUUUUUUAAAAAAAAAAUAUUGAUUUACAACUGUUCUUUGUUGAUGUUUUGUUGAUUUUUUUUGUAUUAAGUGUAAAAACAAACAAACAAACAAACAAACAAAACAAGUUGCUUGGAACGUCACCAAUGCCUUUAAGGGGUUCUUAAAGGGAUGUCGUGCCAUGAAGAUUUUUAUUUGACGACUGCAAGGCGAUUAAGGUGUAAAACCGAUUAUGACUACACAGAAUGUUUGUAAAGGCAAGAGACUCGGAUCCAUUUAAGAAAAAAAAAAAAAAAAAAGCAACUGGAAUGAAGAGAAACAUUUGUGUGGACAUGUACAAUACAAAAGAAAAAAAAAAAAGCUUUCUGGCAUCCAUGACAUAUUGAGUAUCUAAACAACAUAGGUGUCUAUGGGAGUCACUCCAAUGCAUGAGAUAGAUGUACAAAAACAUUUGUAAACAUGACCAAACACAUUUGAAAUGUACCGUACCUGUCCAAGUUUCACUGGCAUUUAAGAUCACCUGUCCCACAUUUUUGAUCUUUAUUGUAAAUAUUUAUGGGAAUAUUAAAAAAAAACAAAAACAAACAAAAAACAAAAAGUCAUUGGUUUUAUAGAGUAACAAAGAUGAUGAUAGUAAUUUUGAUAUAUUCAAAUGAGUAUUGAAUUCAAGAUUUAGAGCGACAAAUCCAACUGCAUUUUCUAUAGGUGUCAAUAUUACCAUAACUAAUCCUGAUGUAAUUGUUGUUGUAAUCAUGUACACAUUUUUCAAACUCUUGCGAGAAGAAAAGGGCCCACUUUUGACCAUGGGGUUGGACAGUAAAAAAAAAACAACAAAAAAACAAAAAAACAAAAAACAAACAAACAUAGAUGAUAAAAAAAACUGUUGCAUUGUCAGGUAUGGUGUGUUCCAGGUGUUAAUGAUUAUUAAUAAUGGAUUAUUAAUAAUUGUUAAUGAUUUAUGUAUGUGUGUCGAGCGUUAAAAAAGUCUAGUUAUACUGACACUUUUUUUAGACGACAAAACAAACAUGAUUGAAUUUUAAAGACACUUGUGUGACCCUCCUACAACGGUAAAGACACCCCACUGAAAAGGAAUGUGAAAUAUCAAAAAAAAAAAAAAAAAAAAAAAAGAAAGAAGCAACAUUGAUUCACUUGAACUCUGACCUCCUCCUCUGGACUUUAAUCAUUAAAAAAAAAAAAAAAAAAAAAAUUCGCUAUUGGCAACUGGAAUGGAAAUGUCAGUUUUUUUU